GCAAAUAUUAUAUGUGAGUAGAAAAAGCAGAGCACUCUGAAGAUAUAAGGCUUCUGUAAACUACACUACAUUUCAACUCUGAUAUUUAAGAAGAUUUGAAUUAAUGAAAAUUGUAUUUACAUUAGUAAGAAGUUUUACUGAUUUUUGUCACUUUUCCCGAAAAAUGUAUUAAAACAAAUUUUAAUAAUUAAAAAAUAGAAAUAUUUUACUGGAAAUAAAAAAAUUCUCUUACAACUGUUAAAAAGGAUCGAUUGAGAAGAACAAAAGAUAUUCAGUAAUUUUACAUCAACUGAUUUGUGUAUACAAAUAAUUUGACAUUUUUUAGACGAAAAAUAUUUUUCUCAAUAACAAUGAAUACAAUUAUUAUCCUUGGGUACAUUAUAACAAUUUUAUUAAUUGUAAAAUUGGAAUCAACAAGAAUAUCACCUUCUGAACGACUUGACGAACUUGAGAAGAUUACUAUCAUAAGAAACAAAGUGAUAAAACAUUAUCUUCCUAAUUAUGAUUUACAGGAAGCAUUUAAAAUUUUAAGUCAAUACAUAAUGAAUGAGGUGGAAAUGUAUGGAUUUGCCGAGCAUCUAAACAGAACUGAUUAUCCACCAGAAUGGAGCAAAACUAGAAAAUUGGAAAAUUAUGAAUAUUACAAUUUUUUUAGAUACAAUUUCCCUCUGGAAGCAUAUGAACUAAGUGCACAACAAGCAGAAAUGCGUAUUAAUUAUCUGAAUAGAAUUUUUUUUAAAAAUGCACCUACACUCGAUGCGCAAAUAUUAAUUGAAUCUUACUACGGAAGAAAAUUGGAUGAUUUAAUGUUAUUUGAAGACUAUUAUGCUAUUACGAUUUUACUGAAAAAUAUUUCGAUAUUUUAUGUCAAUGAUCCCGCAUCUUGGAGAAUGAGAAGAGCUUUAUACAAUUUGGCUAUACGAAAUUACAAUCUAAAUUCAGAUUUAAAUGACACUUCAAAAUCUUGUUUUUAUAUGAAUAUAAAAUCAAAAACUUACGUUAAUAGUAUGACUUUAGGAAAUGUUUUCGGAACUACAGAUUUCAUUAUUUGUAGCAGCAAAUAUUUAAAUUCAUACACAUAUGAUUAUGAAAAUUUGAAUUCCAAGUUGUCUUCAUAUUGGCUGAAUAACAAAUUGCUAAUUACGGAUUCUAACCUAAUGGUAAGUUUGGAAGACAUAGUUAAAUUUGAUGAUGAAGAAAUUUACGUAAUACUGCCUAAGGUAGAUCUUAAAGUAGUAAGUGAUAAAGCAUUUUUUAUUAAAAACGGUAUAAGAAAUGUAUAUGUAAAAAUUGAAACUUCCGCAAUUUAUGAAAAGUCCAACUGGUUAACUUAUUUAGCAAAUCAAAUUGAAAAGUACAAAACGAUGGAAAAAGAAUAUUUUAACACUCAUCCCGACAGUUAUGUAUGAAGAAAUUGCUACAAAAUCUACCAUUAAAAAAAAUCUACUAAGAAUUGUUUCGAUAAUUUACAUUUCUAUUUAGUGAGAAAAUUAUUUUUUUAGAUGUAUAAUAUCAAUAGUAAAAUUGAAAUCUGUUACUCGAAAAUUUUUUCUGUCUUUAAAUAUAAAAAUGUAUAUAAAAGUUAGUACAACGAUAUGUAUUCAACCUUGUAAAGAAACAUUUACAGUUAUCACUUAACUAAUAAAAAAUUUUUCUGA